AUGGUCAGUGUAGAUCCACUAGCCUCUGAACGUUGGAGAAGUAUUCGGAGACUCACAGACCGGGAUUCAGCAUACAAGGUUCCAUGGUUCACUCCUGGACCGGAGAAUUUUGAGUCACUACAAAACUCAAAAGUUCUAGUUAUUGGAGCCGGUGGACUGGGUUGUGAACUUCUCAAAAACUUAGCCCUGAGUGGAUUCCGUACAAUCGACGUGAUUGAUAUGGAUACCAUUGACGUUUCAAAUUUGAAUCGACAAUUUUUGUUCAGAGAAUCGGAUGUCGGAAAAUCAAAAGCCGAGGUAGCAGCUGCUUUUGUUCAGCAAAGAGUUAGCGGAUGUAAUGUAACUCCCCAUAACUGUCGAAUAGAAGAUAAGGGACCGGAUUUUUACAGACGAUUUUCAAUGAUUAUUUGUGGAUUAGAUUCAAUUCCUGCUCGACGUUGGAUCAAUGGAAUGCUGUGCGAUUUGGUUUUGGAAAAUCCCGACGGGACACCUGAUUUCAGUACUAUUAUCCCUAUGAUUGAUGGUGGAACAGAAGGAUUCAAAGGAAAUGCUCGUGUUAUCUACCCAAAGAUGUCGGCGUGUAUAGAUUGUACCAUUGACUUGUAUCCACCACAAGUGAACUUCCCAUUGUGUACAAUCGCUCACACUCCACGUGCCUCACUUGAUGCUGAUGAUCCUUCGCAUGUUGAUUGGGUUCUCGAAAGAGCUCUUCAUCGUGCCGAAAAGUAUAAUAUUCGAGGAGUUGAUCGCCGUCUUACUUCUGGAGUUCUCAAACGAAUCAUUCCAGCUGUUGCAUCGACUAAUGCAGUUAUUGCUGCAUCUUGUGCUCUCGAAGCUCUCAAAUUGGCUACCAAUAUCGCUAAGCCAAUCGACAAUUAUCUCAAUUUCACUCAAAUUCACGGAGCGUACACCAGCGUUGUUUCAAUGAGUAAAGAUGAAAAUUGUCAUGUUUGCAACGGUGGACGUCUUCCAAUCGAAGUCUCCUCAACUUAUACUCUCGAAUCGCUGAUCAAUCGACUUGUGGACCGAUACCAUCUCAAAAACCCUACACUCGAAACAGCCCAUAGAAAGCUGUAUUGUAUCAGCCUUCUUCUGCCACAACUAGAAGAGGAAAGCAAAACAAACUUAAAUUUAUUUUUAAAAGAUAUGGUAACCGACGGUGAUGAAAUUCUGGUAUCUGACGAAGUUCUGGCUCGUGCAAUCACAUUGCGCAUUCAAUUUGUUUAA